GGUGUUUGCGCGUUUGUUAGCCAUAUAGUUAGUGGUCAGUUUAGUCAGAGACCUCGUGCAAGUUUGAUAUCGAAAAUGGGCAAGUUCGUGGAAAAUUUAAAAGAUAAAAUCACAGCAGAGCGUGUUGCGAUCUUCUUUGGAUUGCUAUCGACUUGUCUGAUUGUCGCCCUGGUUGUUGUUGUGGUCCACAGGGAUAAUCUGUGGCAGCAGUUGAGCGAGGCCAAAGAGAAGCUUGACGUGCUCGAGGAUUAUAUACAGGCCAAUGUUUUGACAUAUAUAUCCAAUCAGAUUCAACCGCAAGCACACAGCGAGUUCUAGAAAACAUUAAUUUAGAAGAAUUCAUCAGGAUUUUGAAAUGUAUUGUGCUUUGGAAUAAUACCCCAAUGGGUUAAUAAUAAAGAACAUUUACAAUAA